GCGCAGUCUCAUGAAUGGAUGCUACGUUGCUUUUCCGGCUGCAUCUGCACAAUCCACCAGGAAGUGUGGUGCGAUAAAUCCUAAACUAUUAAUCCCUUAUACCUGGAGGAAGGAGAUAGAUAUUAGUAUGCAUUUUGGAUGGAAUAUACCAUUUGUGUCGCCUUUCUAAUCUACAAAUCGUUCAAAUCGGUGUGUUGCAAUUCAUGCAGGGUAAACAUAAUACCCUUAACUCCCUGCAAGUUUGGGUUUUUGUUCUUGUGCUGUAGCAUUUAGCUCUUCUCAAAUCUAACCCUUGACUGCAAUGGGAUGCUGCGGUAGCACAGAGAGGACAAAGAGAGAAUGGAAACCCUUGGAGGAUCGAAGUUGCACGGAUUUGCCGUGGUUCCUUUUAUUUACUGUAUUCUGUGUUGGAAUGGGGAGUAUCUGUGGGUUCACCAUCGCCACGGGGGGCGCAGGCCGCCUGGUCUUUGGGUAUGACAGCUACGGGAACACCUGCGGCCAACGCAAUGAGCAAAUCGAAGGGGUCAGGCUGAGUGGACUGGAUCAGACGGACAAAAAGUAUGUGUUCUUCCUGGACCCAUGUAACAUUGACAUAGUGCAGAGGAAGAUCAAGUCCAUGGCCCUGUGUGUGUCCCUGUGUCCUGAUGAAGAGCUGAAGACGUACCAGGACCUCAAGAGAUUCGCCAUGCACAAUGGGUCGGAGCUGUGUUCAUACGAACUAGCUGGUCACAAAUACCCCGAUCUUCCAGAGAGGUUUGACAAAUGUCCCAAACUUCCAGUUCCACCAAGCAAAUCUCUCCCGGUGUUCAACCGCUGCACACCGGUGGACAUCUCCUGCUAUGCCAAGUUCGCAGAGGCUGUGGUGAUGUUUGUGAGCGACAACAGCGUGCUGCACAGGCUGAUCGGUGGCGUGAUGGCCAGCAAGGAGAUCAUCGUGGGCCUCUGCCUGCUGGCUCUAGUGCUCUCCAUGAUCCUAAUGGUGAUCAUCCGCUACAUCUCUGCUGUGCUGGUCUGGAUCCUCACUGCCAUGGUGGUCCUGGGCUCCCUGGCGGGCACAAGCAUUCUGUGGUGGAUGUACAUAGACAACCGGUUAACUGCCAACAAGACCUUAUCUAAAGAGACUGCAGAGACUACGGAGACUAAAGAUGCUAAGGAGGAAGCAGGGAUGACAAGGGACAAAGCCCAGGUGCUUCUGGUGUAUGCCAUCGCUGCCACUGUAUUCACAGUGAUCCUUCUCCUGCUGAUGCUGUUCAUGAGGAAGCGAGUGGCCCUGACCAUCGCCCUGUUCCACGUGGCUGGCAAGGUGUUUAUCCACCUGCCGCUGCUCACCUUGCAGCCCUUCUGCACCUUCCUGGCCCUGCUCCUCUUCUGGAUGUACUGGGGCCUGGUGCUGCUCUUCCUCGGGACCACCGGGAACCCGGUCCAGAACGAGGAGACAGGUCUGACAGAGUUCCGUCUGACUGGGCCUCUGCAGUACAUGACCUGGUACCACGCUGUGGGCCUCAUCUGGAUCAGUGAGUUCAUCCUGGCCUGCCAGCAGAUGACUGUCGCUGGGGCUGUGGUAACGUACUACUACACAAGGGACAAGACCAGGCUGCCAGUGACGCCCAUCCUGUCGUCAGUGCUGAGGCUGAUGAGGUACCACCUGGGCACGGUGGCCAAGGGCUCCUUCAUUAUCACCCUGGUCAAGAUCCCACGCCUCUUCCUCAUGUACGUCCACAACCAGCUCAAGGGCAAGGAAAAUGCAUGUGCUCGCUGCAUGUUGAAGACCUGUAUCUGCUGCCUGUGGUGUUUGGAGAAGUGCCUCAACUAUUUGAAUCAGAAUGCGUACGCGGCGACAGCCAUCAACAGCACCAGUUUCUGUACGUCGGCGCGCGACGCCUUUGUGAUUCUGGUGGAGAACGCUCUGAGGGUGGCCGCCAUCAACGCCGUGGGAGACUUUGUCCUCUUCCUGGGCAAGAUCCUGAUCGUGACGUCCACAGCGUUCGCCGGUGUACUGCUGCUGAACUACCAGCGGGACUACGCAGAGUGGGUCCUCCCCCUCAUCAUCGUCUGCCUCUUUGCCUUCCUGGUGGCCCACUGCUUCCUGUCCAUCUUCGAGAUCGUGGUGGACGUGCUCUUCCUCUGCUUCGCCAUCGACACCAAAUACAACGACGGUACACCGGGCAAGGAGUUCUACAUGGACAAAGCCCUGAUGGAGUUCGUGGAAAACAGCAGGAAGCUGGAACGGGUGGUGGAGCGAGGGCGGAGCCGCCCCACUGAAGCGGUGUCGGUGGAGGGGCCAGAGAUGAAGCCCAUGGCUCCAGGAACAAGUUCAGCUUGACCAAAAUCACCUAAUGGGACUUUUUUUUAAAGACAUUCCAAAAUGUUUAUUUUUACCAAUGUGUAACAUGUUUACUAUGGUUUCACUCCAGGGAUACAAUAUUUUAAUAAGAAACUGUAAAAAAAAAUAACAAUGUAAUGAAGCACUUUAUAUUGAAGCGCUGCAUAUUUUAAAAGGCUGAUGCAUUUUUCGUAGUGAUGUCCUUUUUAUAAGACAAAGAAUUGCCAUCUAGUCGAACACAGUACUAAAAUGUAUUGAAUCACUUUGGGUUGUCAACGUUUUGCAUAACAAGUUUGCCUUUUGGUUGGACUUCUCGAUCAGCGUGAUACUUAUUCAUCAUGCAAUGAUAGCACUUCGAUGUGUUUUUAAUCAACCACUGAAACUUAAGUUAGACUCACAUUUGCAUUUGAAUUCAAUCUGCAUCAUGGAAGAGUGUUCUUUUGUUUUGAAAGGAGAUGUAUUUUUUUACGAGUGAGUGUAGGGGAUUUUUAUUUUAUUUUUUGCAGCACCAUUUUUGGGAUGUGCAGAAACAGGAUGUGAUCAUACAACUGUGUGUUACAGCAGGAGGAAGACAACUUGUAGUUCCCAUGGUUUGGAGGGACACAGAGACAAAGUUACUGCGAUUUGGAAGUCUACCCCCCCCCCCCCCCCACACACACACACCUAGGCACCCCCCCUACACCUAGGCACUUAGAUCUACAAGGGACCAUGAGGAGUUUAGGGGUAGGGACUAAGAGUUCAUUAUGAACUGGGCAUGACAUUUACAGAGAAAUAUCCAGAGGGCUGCAAAGGCUGCUUUUCUUACUCAACCAAUUGUCCCCUAGUUUGACUCACUUGGUUCAUUUAUCAAACCAGUCAGUCAUUGUUGGGAUUGAUGGACAAUGUACAUUUGACCUAAUCAGGUGAGGUGUAACGAGUCCUCUUCCACUGAAGUCUCAGUAGGAAGUGAACUCAGACUUUGCAGCCCUCAAGCAAUAACGCAACACCAUUUAGUAUUUACCGUUACAAAAAUGUCUUCCUACUUGCACUACAGCUUUUAAAGACAAAGGUUCCUGGCGUAGAGCUAUCAUCUGUUAGGUGGGGGGGAGUGGAGGUGGACACACUCUCACUUUGCCUUAACCGGUUCCAUAGGCUGCGCCCCUCAUCUUACUGGUUAGUGACGGGACUCCCCAGUUUAAUGUGGGGGUGGUAGAAGUGCUGUAAGCCUUAAAUCCCCUCUUGGUUUUGCUGUAGAUUUGUAUUUGAUAGCCAGAGUACUGAAUCCAUUGGAGUGACUGAAGAACAACUUUGCCCCCCCCCUUUUGUUGUUGUUGUUGCUUUUAUUGAUCUAGGUGAGGAAAAUGCUACCUUUUUGUUGAUGUGAAGGGUUUCAGAACAGUAUGAAUUGCACAUGAUUUAUGCAGUUAUUUUGUAAUGAGAGUUUAAUAAUGUGUUGAUAAGACUGAAUAGUAUUCUGAUAUUGUGAAGUGAUCCUGGUGGAUAUGUUGAAGGGAGAGAUGGCUGUGACUGUUCACAUAACCUUUUCAUUUUCAGCUUCUCGUGUGAGACAAGCGCCAGCCAUCCUUCAACACCAUCGUUAAUGUUUCAAAACAAGUCUGUUGGUGCACUUUUCUCCGGGAAUACACUACUAGACCGUACACUGAUGUACCUAUGAAAUAUUAAAGAGCAUGUAUUUAAAAAAAAAAAAAGUCAAGCUGAAUUAACAUUGCAGCAGAACCCUAUUGCGCAAAGCAUGUUAAGAAUUGCACUAAAAUGGUAUUAAUUUAAACACUGAUCAAUUUAAAGUAUCUGUAAAAUAUGUAUAGUUGAAUGACUAGCUCUGUCAGUAAGUACAAUGUAGAGAUGUUUCAGAGGAUGGAACUUUCCCCAAGUGAGAACCUGCCCAGUGCAAUCAAGGAAUCCACUUAAGGCACAGGACAGACUACUGAUAACUAAACAACAUGUCAUUCAUGGGUAUGUGUCCAUCAUAAAAGAUCAAGACUAUGACCGAGGGACUGUCUCUCUUAGCCUUGUCUGAUUUGUACAUUGAACACAACCAGUCAUAACCCACACCGUUCUGUUUGCUAAACUCAAACGUUACCAGUUGAUGCACACAACGGGAAAAUCAGACUCUGAACCACACAGAGACGGUGUUCUGGUUUCUUUACACGACAGUAAAGCAAACUGCUCUGCGAAUAGCUGAGACGCAAGGCCUGAUUUGUCAGCUUCUAUUAGCGCGGACAGAAUGCCGUACUACUUAGAAGUAAAAGCCAGUACCUAUACUCAAAACGAUGGACCAGACGACUUGCAUGUUUUCCGUCCGGGUUUUUUUCGUCGCUCCUCAGGGCGAGCCAUCUUUGUAGGGUGUGAAUAUUACGGCAUUAGCUCCACGUGACUUAACACUGACUUAACUGAUAGAACAAUAGCUUUACUCAGCAACAAAGCCACUGUUUUUCGAGAUGUUAGUCGACCUCUUCGCUCUUGGAAACAAACUGCGCGUCUAUUGUCACACAGGAAUGGGAGAUACUGUUCUGGAUAGGCAACACAUCAGUGUAACUGUCUGGUGUAACACUAGCUUUUAGAAAUGUCUGCAGUAAGGUUGUUUAACAUUGGGCAAUGUUUUGUUUGAUUUUUAUAUUUAUUAUUUCUUAUGUAUAUUCGUUCUUUUUUUCAAGGUAAUAAAUUGGAAAAAGGAAACUUGUCA